CAUGUCAACACAGCUGUCAGCCUUGACAGAACAGAGCCUAGCACAACAGUAGAUGCAUGCAAAUGUUAUUGGCGUUUGCAAUGUCAUUUUGGCUAGCUAGCUAAAAUAAAAAUAAAUAGCGCACUGGAGACACCAAAAGCUUUCUGCAAAUAGCAGGCUCUGGCGCCACCCAGUGGCGAAUCAAUGGAUACCCAAAGAAGAGCAUUGCUUAGCAACGAGAAGGCAAACAAUAGUUAGCUAGUUCAAUAGUUUGGAAGCCAAACACACUCUCAACUCCACUUCUAAAUACUUUUUUUUUGUUGUUGUUGCUUGCAAAUAACGUUUGGAGAUUUAUUGUUACAAAUAGUGUUCUCAGAUGGUACAUUAUUAAGAUGGCUGGCAAAAAGAAAGAAGUAAUCUUGCAGGCGUCUGUCGCAAACCAAGAGCAAUGGGAUGAGAUGCUUGCAACUAAAGGGUUAACAGUUGUAGAUGUGUACCAGCAGUGGUGUGGUCCAUGCCGUGCUGUUGUCAGCUUACUGAGGAAGAUCAAAAAUGAACUGGGAGAUGACCUGUUACAUUUUGCCACGGCAAAAGCUGACAGUAUUGAUGCUCUAGAAAGGUACAGGGGGAAGUGUGAGCCCACCUUCCUGUUCUAUGGGGGGGGUGAGAUGGUGUGUGUGCUGCGGGGGGCUAACGCACCUCUUCUCCAGAGGAUGGUGUUGGAGGAACUGGCCAGGGAGAAGACUGUCCUGGAGGAGGGAGGGGAACGCAGAGUGGUGAAAGAUGACGGUUUGAUAGAUGAGGAAGAGGAGGAGGAUCAGAGUGAUGAAGAUGUACUUGUUCCAGCCAGUAAAUCAUACACGGUGGCCAUCAUCAAACCAAACGCUGUGGGUCACGGCAAAGCUAGUGAGAUUAUCAUGAAGAUUCAGGAUGCCGGGUUUGAGAUCCUAGCCCACGAGGAGAGAACGCUGAGCGACUCUGAAGCACGAGAUUUCUACCAGAACAAAGCAGGAGAGGCCUGUUUUGAGGACCUGAUCCAGUUCAUGUCCAGCGGCCCCUCCCACGUCCUAGUGAUCUCUCAGGGUGAGGGGUCAGGUCAUGUGGUGCCAGCAUGGAGGGAGUUCAUUGGUCCAGCAGACAUAGAGGAAGCCAGGAGGGAUAAACCUGAGAGCCUACGUGCCCAGUAUGGCAGUGAAACCUUGUUCAACGCGCUCCACGGUAGUGACGACAGCCACCAGGCCAGCAGGGAGCUGGCCUUCUUCUUCCCCAGCUUCAGGACCUCUUCCCGGGCAGAGCAGCACGAGGAGGAAGGGCGAGUGGAGAGGACACUGGCUAUCAUCCGGCCCGACCUCGCCAGGGAGAGCAGAGAUGAGAUCUUGUCUCGUAUCCACGAGGCUGGCUUCACUGUGUCUCUCCAGAAAGAGGUGAUGUUAACAGAGGAACAGGCCAGACGGUUCUACAGACGACAGGUAGACCAGGACUACUUCCCUGUCCUACUGCACAACAUGACCAGUGGUCCUCUGUUGGCUCUGGCCCUGGCCAGGACAGGAGCUGUGGACCACUGGAGGCAACUUCUGGGUCCGAAAGACGUCAGCAGGGCCAGGGAGGAGCAACCCCACUGCCUCAGGGCCCAGUUCAUAGUGGCCAGUGAGGAGGACCAGAUGAACCAGAUGAACCAGCUCCAUGGCAGUGCCAGCAGGGAGGAGGCAGAGGAGGAGAUCCACUUCUUCUUCCCUAAACAGCAGACUCUGGCCAUCAUUAAGCCUGAUGCCAUGGCCGAACAUAGAGAGGAGAUCCUGGGGGAGAUCCGUGCUGCAGGUUUCUCUAUCUCCCAGCUGAAGGAGGCGGUGUUGUCCAGAGACAUGGCUGAGGAGCUCUACAGAGAGCACAGAGACACACCUUUCUACAGACAGCUGGUUGACUUCAUGUGCAGCGGCCCCUGCAUGCUGCUGGUGCUGACCAAGGAAAAUACUGUGGAGGAGUGGAGGUCCAUGAUGGGCCCCACAGACCCUGUCCUGGCCAAGGUGACGGCCCCGGGGUCCCUGAGGGCCCGCUUCGCCUCAGACAUCCUCCACAACGCCCUCCACGGCUCCUCCAAUCAGGAGCAUGCCCAGGAGAAGAUACACUUCCUGUUUGGUGACAUCACCUCAGACAGAGACCUGACCAGCAAUGGGAAAAUGGAUCCCACACCGCUAGGAAAACAGCAGGAUAGUUUUGCAGACAAAUCAGAUUGUACAACUGCAGAAAUGACAGAACAUGUUGAAUCAGGAAGUCCAGAGAGCCAUCAAGAACAUGUUGAAUCAGGAAGUCCAGAGAGCCAUCAAGAACAUGUUGAAUCAGGAAGUCCAGAGAGCCAUCAAGAACAUGUUGAAUCAGGAAGUCCAGAGAGCCAUCAAGAACAUGUUGAAUCAGGAAGUCCAGAGAGCCAUCAAGAACAUGUUGAGCGGGCCACAUCCACGUCAGACACACCUAGUGUCACAAGCACAGAAGGGGAAGGUGAUCAGACACCAGUCUGCGAUCCACUCAGUCCUCAGACGACAGAUCCCUAGGACUUUGAUCAUCAAAACAGAUCUCCCCAGGACUCUGAUCAUCAAAGUUAAGACUGAAUGACCAUCCUCUUUCAGAUACAACAAAUUAACAAUGCCACUUGUAGGGCUGCAGUACAUCAUCAUGUUACUUCAUUUCAAUGUUGUGAAAAAUUAAAUGAAAAUCUUCCUGUG